GCCCCAAUGCCGUGUGGGGAGAUGGUGGGGCGUCUGCAGGCUGAGAUGGAGGACCUGGUGAGGGUGAUCAAUGACCAGCACCGCUACAUCCAGGGGCUUCACCACAGCCAGGCCCAGAAGCUGCCUCAGAUCCCCCAGACACACCUCCAGACCGGGGACCAGUACAAAGGUCAGGCAGUGGAUAGAACCACAGAGGUCCUGUUAUUAUUUAUGUGUCAUUCUAUGCGUAGAACAUAGAAUGGGUAGGAUUAAUGGGCAUUCCACACAGAGAAAAGUUGGUUUUUAUUACAUUUUUUACUGAAUUUAUCAUCCGUUUUUUUGUGUGAUUCAUGUUUGAUUAGCUGUUAAUUGUGAUCUAUUCAAUUUCGUUUUUAAAACAGACUAAAAUAGUCCAAAAUAAUGCACUGUAUAAGGAAUGGAUCGAGUGCCAUUUGGUGUGCAUGCCCUGUAACCAUGUCCUCUGUGUGUGUAGACUGCGCUGAGAUCUUUAAGGAUGGGAACUCAGUUAGUGGCCUGUAUAUGAUCAGACCGGACCGGUCUCCCUCCUCCUUCAUGGUGUUCUGUGACAUGAGUGACGGAGGAGGCUGGACUGUCUUCCAGAGGAGAAAGGACGGAACCGAGUCCUUCGACAGGUAGGUGAAAAUAAAACACCACUAUCUACUUAGAGGGUGAUUGAUAACUUUUUCAAAUGAAUACAUUCUAUUUUAGUUACAGUGCACUGCAGUUAUACUGCAAUAUAAUUACUGUUAAUUUUUGUACGGGCAAUUGUAGGAAUAAACAAAUACUAAUAAUUUUUGAUGUAUUUUACAUUAGAUAGCCUAAUUAACACCUUUAGGUUUGCAACAAAUUGUCAUGGUAUGCUUUCUCAGAGCUCCAGCACAGAUCAUGUAUUGGGCGAUUCCACGCCAGCGGGAGCAGAAAAUAUUUUUGGAAUCUCCGUUUGUUCUGGCAAUUCUCACAUAGAAACUUCAUUGGGAGGAAUGAUGUUUAACAUGCUUUUUACAUUUGUAUCACAAAACAUUUCUUAGAAAAUGGUGAUGAAAGUGGCCACUUUAGGCCCUUUUUAGACCUAUACAAGCCUCCUGUAAGACCAUAUGAUCUGUGAACCGUACAUGACAGACAACAUCUUGAUGUCUUUAUACUCCAUAGUGUUCUCUAGCUUAUGGAAUAUGUCUCCACUCUGAAAUACAAAUGUUCACAUUCAUUUAUUCAACAUAAAAACAUAUAUAUAUAUAUAUAUAUAUAUAUAUGAAUAUCUCAAAAACAACCCUUUUUGAUUUUGUUAAUUUUAAGACAUUGUUUGGAACACUAUACUCUACAAGUACAUCAUAUUUCCAGAGUGGGCUCUCUGGUACUUUUAAUGAUAUAACUCAAACAUCCUUCCUCCCGAUGCCAUUUUUGUGAGAUUUGCCAAAACAAUCAGAGAUACCAAAACUAUUUUCUGCUCCUGCUGGCGUGGAAUCACCCUAUCGUCAGUGUGUUUGUCUCCCUCCCUCUACAGAGCGUGGGUGGAGUAUAAGCAUGGCUUUGGAGACAACCAGUCAGACGGAGAGUUCUGGCUAGGGAACGACCCCCUACACUACCUCACCUCUCAAGGUAUAGAGGAAAACCUACAGCUAGGGACAAGAGCUUUUCCCAACCACUUGAUCUGACCACGAAAAACUCCCGGCCCCUAGUAACAGGCUAUAAUAGUAAUAUGACCCAGAGUUCUUCCUGAUCUUAGUCAGGUUAUAAAUAGGGCCCAGAGUUUUCCUAAUCAGGUAACAACACUUGGCCAGGAAAAACAGGCAUCUGGCCAAAUUCACACGGAAUGUACCUAAUAAUGAUAAUGAAUUGCUUUUACAUUACAUAGAGCUUUUAACUACCGUAGAUCUGAAAAAGCCCUAUUCAGACUUGAGAUAAGUUGACUUAAAAUGGACUCAAGUCCAGAAAUGUUCACUUAAAUCCAUCUUUUACUGCCUUAAAUCCAUGUUACGUUUACUUAUCUCAAGUCUGAUUAGGGCCCCGAGUGCUUUACAUUGUACGAGGCCAAAGCAACUCAACUCAUCCACCACCACUACUGUCUCACCCACCUUGGUGACAAACGGUGGCCAUUUUGUAUCUUUAUUACCUGCAAUUGACUCUGUUUUCUAGGCGACUACGACCUAAAGAUCAACAUGGAGGACUUUGACGGAAAACAGCGCUUCGCCAAGUACAAAAACAUGAAAGUGGAUGGUGAAAAGGUACACGUGAACACAACACCACGGUCUUUACUGCAGACAUUCCUCACAUGAAACAGACACGGUUUCCCAUAACAUUGGGUGUCAGUAUUUUGUCUACUGGUGUUCAGAUUAUACAAAAGGCAGUGGAAAUAUUGAUAGAAUUGAAAGAACAAGGACGUCUGUAGUAUCUUUCUUUCCUUUCUUUCUUUCUUUCUUUCUUAACCCAACACCAACCCUUCCCUUUCUUUGUUGACAUUAGUCCUUGCUCGCAAAAACCGAACCAAUCUACCGUUUAUACUCUAUAAACUGGGGAUUACCAAGACCCAUACUCAGAGUAUGUUCUGACCAGCUGGCAAGUGUCUUCACUGACAUUUUCAACCUCUCCCUGACCCAGUCUGUAAUACCUUUUAUGUGUCAAGUUGACCACCAUAGUCCCUGUGCCCAGGAACGUCAAGGUCACCUGUCUAAAUGACUAGCGCCCCGUAGCACUCACAUCUGUAGCCAUGAAAUGCUUUGAAAGGUUGGCCAUGGCUCACAUCAACGCUAUCAUACCGGACAUCCUGGACCCACUCCAAUUCGCAUACCGCCCCAACAGAUCCACAGAUGACUCAAUCUCUAUUGCACUCCACACUGCACUCUCCCACCUGGAAAAGAGGAAAGUUGUUCAUUGACUACAGCUCAGUGUUCAACACCAUAGUGCCCUCAUUACUAAACUCAGGACCCUGGGACUGAACACCUCCCUCUGCAACUGGAUCAUGAACUUCCUGAUGGGCCGCCCUCAGGUGUUGAGGGUAGGCAACAACACAUCCACCACACUGACCCUCAACAUGGGGUCCCUCAGGGGUGCAUGCUUAGUCCCAUCCUGUACUCCCUGUUCACCCACGACUGCGUGGCCGCGCACGACUCCAAUGCCAUCAUUAAGUUCGCUGACGGCACGACGGUGGUAGGCCUGAUCACCAACGACGAUGAGACAGCCCAUAGCAGGGCUCUCCCACCCGGUUCCUGGAGAAGUAACUUCCUGAAUGUUUUCACUCCAACCCCAGUUGUAACUCACCUGAUUCAGCUGAUUAUUAGAAUCAGGUGUGCUAGAUUAGGGUUGGAGUGAAAACCUAUAGGUAGCUCUCCAGGAACAAGGUUGGAGAGCUCUGGCCUAUAGGGAGGGAGGUCAGUGACCUGGCUGUGUAGUGCCAGGACAACAACCUUUCCCUCAAUGUCAGCAAGACAAGAAGCUGAUGGCGGACUACAGGAAACGGCGGGCCGAGCACGCCCCCAUCCACAUUGACAGGGCUGUAGUGGGGCGGGUCAAGAGCUUCCAGUUCCUCUGUGUCCACAUCACUAAGGAAUUAACAUGUUCCAUACACACCAACACAGUCGUGAAGAGGGCAUGUCAAUGCCUCUUCUACCUCAGGAGGCUGAAAAGAUUUGUCAUGGGCCGAGCUCCCUGCCAUCCAUGACCUCUGUACUGCUAAAUAGUUCACCAAAUAGCUACCCAGACUAUCUGCAUUGACCCUUUUUGCACUAACUCUUUUGACUCAUCACAUACGCUGCUGCUACUGCUUAUUAUCUAUCCUGUUGCCUAGUUACUUUACCCCUACCCAUAUGUACAUAUCUACCUCAAUUACCUCAUACCCUUACACAGACUCGGUACUGGUACCCCGUGUAUAUAGCCAAGCUAUCGUUACUCAGUGUGGAUUUAUUACUGGUUAUUAUCUUUCUAUAAUUUUUCGAGUUUUCUCUCUGCGUUGUUGAAAAGGACCCGUGAGGAAGCAUUCCACUGUUAGUCUCCACCUGUUGUUUUUAUGAAGCAUGUGACAAAUACAAUUUGAUUUGAAUGUCCUUGAGCAAAGGUACUGGGGCAAACCAGCAAUCCUCUUCAUUCACUUUCUCAUAUUAGCCCAUCGUGGAACAAGAUCAAUAUUUGUAGUCCGCAGUAUUCAGAAUGAUACAUCUCAGCAGUGCUCUGUUUAGGAGAUCAUUGAGCGUGUUACAGUAUAAGCAUAUUACAUACCUAGGUCUGUCACUCCUGGUCUUCAGCCUGUUACCUAAAGCUGUGGUACUUUUUACAGUAGGCGUGGGGGAAGUCUGGCCCAUGACUUCUGCAGAGUGUGCACACCAAUGUAGCAGGCAUUUGUUUGCGGUCUAAACUGAAGACCACAAUUAGUUGAUUAUUUGAAAUCAGGUGUUAGGUUAAAGGAGAUCGUUCAGUGAUUUUACGUAGUUAAAUAUUCAAAAUCGCUGAAUUAUUUCGUCCUAAAAUACUAAAGAAAUUACUCCCUAAAAUACUCCCUAAAUUACUCCUCUUCCCCCUCCAGGACCAGUAUCAGCUUCAUCUGGGUGAUUACACUGGCAAUGCGGGGGACGCCCUCCCCGAAGCCCACCCCCCUCGCAGUGGACAGUGGAACAGUCUAGGGGCCGGUCACCUGGGAGUCAAGUUUAGUACCUACGACCAUCCCAACAAGGAGGACGAUGAGAAGUGUAUCCGCCAUGACAAGUCAGGCUGGUGGUUCAGCAAGUAUGGCCUUCUGCAUUACUGUGGAGAUUCAGUAACCUCUCAACAACAUUAGAGUAUUGGCCUUCUGCAUUACUGUGGAGAUUCAGUAACCUCUCAACCACAUUAGAGUAUUGGCCUUCUGCAUACUGUGGAGAUUCGUACCUCUCAACAACAUUAAGUAUUGGCCUUCUGCAUUACUUGAGAUUCAUACCCUCUCAACAACAUUAGAGUAUUGGCCUUCUGCAUUACUGUGGAGAGUCAGUACCCUCACAACAUUAGAGUAUGGGCCUUCUCAUUACUGUGAGAGUCAGUACCUCUCAACACAUUAGAGUAUUGCCUUCUGCAUCUGUGGAUCAGUAACCUCAACAACAUUAGAGUAUUGGCCUUCUGCAUUACGUGGAGAGUCAGUAACCUCUCAACAACAUUGAGUAUUGGCCUUCUGCAUUACGUGGAGAGUCAGUACCUCUCACAACAUUAGUAUGGCCUUCUGCAUUACUGUGGAGAGUCAGUAACCUCUCAACAACAUUAGAGUAUUGGCCUUCUGCAUUACUGUGGAGAUUCAGUAACCUCUCAACAACAUUAGAGUAUUGGCCUUCUGCAUUACUGUGGAGAUUCAGUAACCUCUCAACAACAUUAGAGUAUUGGCCUUCUGCAUUACUGUGGAGAUCAGUAACCUCUCAACAACAUUAGAGUAUUGGCCUUCUGCAUUACUGUGGAGAUUCAGUAACCUCUCAACAACAUUAGAGUAUUGGCCUUCUGCAUUACUGUGGAGAUUCAGUAACCUCUCAACAACAUUAGAGUAUUGGCCUUCUGCAUUACUGUGGAGAUUCAGUAACCUCUCAACAACAUUAGAGUAUUGGCCUUCUGCAUUACUGUGGAGAUUCAGUAACCUCUCAACAGAAUAUUGGCGCAAACAUUUAUUUUCUACAUACACUCCCGACUCCUCUACGUAUUUAUUUGGACAGAAAAGCUAAAACUUUUAAUUUGGCUCUAUACUCCAGCAUUUUGAGAUAAAAUGUUUUGUAUGAGACAUGCCACCUUUUAUUUGAUGGUAUUUUCAUACGUAUCCGUUUUACCAUUUAGAAAUGAAUGUAGCCCCAUUUGAAGGUGUCAUAAGUAUUUAUUCAAUUUAGUCAAGUUUAGUAUUUGGUCCCAUAUUCCUAGCAUGUAAUGACUACAUCAAGCUUGUGAUGCUCCACAUUUGCAGUUUGUUUUGGUUGUGUUUCGCAUUAUGUUGUGCCCAAUAGAAAUUCAUGGUUUUACGGAUAAUCGUGAAUAAUGACGAGUGAGAAAGUUACAGAUGCACAAAGAUCAUGCCCCCAAAACAUGCUAGUCUCUCACCAUUCCAAUAACAGGGGAAGUUAGCAAUUUUUGGGGGGUAUGCUAUUUAUGCCUCUAACUUUCUUAUUCAUCCUUAUUCACGAUUCAUUCAGGACUAUCCGUAGUCAUGGUAGCAUCCACAUGAAUGUAGAAGUGUUCAGAAACAUAUUCUAUUCUUAUUUAUAGUAAAAGUGACUCCAAAAUGACACAAUACAUUAUUUACCAUUCAUUUCUAUUGGGCACAACAUAAUCUGAAACACAACCAAAACAAAUCAACCAAUGGUUGGUGCCACUUCAUCGAUUGUGUUAUCGACUGAUAGAUUGCUAUAACAUAUGAUAUGUUUAGCUGAUAGGCAAAAUACCUAUCCAGGACUUGUAAGAUCUGGCAACGUCCAAGCAGUGGAACGCGACCUAUUACUAUGAAUCUCAGAUGUUGGCGUCAUUCUGCAUCUCUCCACCAGGUGUGAGUCUGGCAACUUGAACGGUCACUACUACAACGGGCCGUACCAAGCGGUGAUGGACGACGGGGUUGUCUGGUACACCUGGCACGGCUGGUGGUAUUCAAUCAAAUCCGUAGUCAUGAUGAUCCGGGCCUCCGACGUCCAUCCAGCUGGAUCUGAUGUCCAACUGACCAGAACGCCAGAUGACGUCGAUCCUUUUAGAGUUUUGCCUCAAUUAGGAUAGGCUGAAGGUGGUGUUACAUCAUAGAGAACAUCCAAUCAUAACCAUCUUGAUGCUCAUUCUCAUUUGUCAAGCCAGUGAGAUUUAAAGAGAUUUUCUGGUAAUUUUAUAUUUUUUUAGCCAGUAGUUCUGAAAGUAGCACUCACGAGCCAAAAGUGGUCCCCGAACAUUGCGUACUACGUCACAUAUGUAAAGAUAUGUGUACCACGUCAUUGCUCUCUCUCUCUCUGCGGUGUCCACUAAGCUGUUGGGCCUGCCCUACAACCUCAUUGGAUAAUGCUGGGCAGGCUUCUUGCUAGCUGUCACUCAAAUGCGAGGGGCUGAAGCUCAUUGGCUAGAACUCAAAUUGCUAGGGGGCUUACACAUUUGGGGGGGAAAUGUAGGGAAAAUGACACACCACAGCUUGAAAAGAACAG